AUGACCGAUAAUGAUACUUUGAAGCGAUCUCCAACGACACCAUCGACUCCCAGUCUCAGGGCUGGGGCGAAUAGCAAGAAAUUCAAGAGGCAUAAUGAGGAAUCCCCCACAAAAAUAAGACAACGAAGAGAGCCGCUUGCUGAGGAUAUUACUAGAAAGUAUUUAAUUAUGAAAAUGGAACAGCAGCGUAUGCAAGAAACCAUCGAUUUUUUGGAAUUAGAGAGAACAUUCAAUAAAUGA